GGGAGAGGUUGUUUACAGCAGCCCGGCCCCGGGAGCUUUAACCCGGCCGGCGGCGAGGCCGAGCGCGGAGCGCCGCUCGCCAUGGCGGCGGUGCUCUCCCGGCGCCUGGGGAAGCGCUCCCUGCUCGGCACCCGCGUGGCCGCUCCCGAUCCCAGCCCCGAUCCCGACGGGAUCCCGGGACUCGCCCCGCACCGCCCCCGAGCCAGCCCCGGAUCAUCAAAUCCCGGAUCCCCAAAUCCUGGAUCUCCAAAUCUUGGAUUCCCAAAUCCUGGAUCGCCAAAUGUUGGAUCCCCAAAUCUUGGAUCACCAAAUGUCAGAUCCCCAGAUCCUGGAUCCUCAAAUCUUGGAUUCCCAAAUCCUGGAUCACCAAAUGUUGGAUCCCCAGAUCUCAAAUCCCCAAAUCUUGGAUCACCAAAUAUCGGAUCACCAAAUCUUGGAUCCGUGAAUCCUGGAUCACCAAAUCCCGGAUUCCCAAAUCCUGGAUCAUCAAACAUCGGAUUCCCAAGUCUUGGAUCACCAAAUCCCGGAUUCCCAAAUCCUGGAUCCCCAAAUCUUGGGUUCUCAAAUCCCAAAUCGCCAAAUCUUGAAUCCCCAAAUGUCGAAUCACCAAAUCCUGGAUCACCAAAUCUCGGAUUCCCAAAUCUUGGAUCCUCGAAUCCUGGAUCCCCAAAUCCCACAUCACCAAAUCUUGGAUCAACAAAUCCCAGAUUCCCAAAUCCUGGAUCAUCAAAUAUCGGAUUCCCAAAUCUUGGAUCACCAAAUCCCACAUUCCCAAAUCCUGGAUCGCCAAAUCCCAGAUUGUCAAAUCCUGGAUCGCCAAAUCCCAGAUUCCCGAAUUCUGGGUUCCCGAAUUCCGGAAGCUUCCGGCAGCUCAAUGGGCAGCAGGUGCUGGUGACGUCCCUGGAUGAGCAGAUCCCGGGAUUCCCGGCGUGCUGGAGGGUGCAGGACGCGCUCCAGGCCCCAUCCCGGCCCAGCGUUCCCGGGAGAUCCGUGUCCAGCAGCAUCGACGUGCCCAGGAGGCGCUCGGACGCGGCAGUGGAGAUGGACGAGAUGGUGGCGGCCAUGGUGCUGACGAGCCUGUCCUGCAGCCCUGCCCUGCACAGCC